AUGUUCUCAAUCUCCAACUCCAAGUCUGCGCGCUCAAUACGCUUUUUCGUCGCUUUUUUUAUCGCUGUGAUCCUCUUUGGCUCAUUUUAUGCGGGCUGGGCCCCAAUACACGUGGCACUAGUUAGCCCCAAUACCUCUUCAUAUACGACUGCGACGGGUGACACAAGCUCAACUCGACCAGCUCCUCCUCAAAAAUCAUUACCUGUCCACUCUGGAUAUCCAGCUACUAUCAUUGAUACCUCCAUAAAAGGCAUUCCAGAUAAAGUGUGGCAUUCAGCCAAAACUUAUAAUCUAUCGGGGCAACAACAUGAAUGGAUCGACAGCUGGACAGUCUCAAAUCCAUCUUCCCGCAACGAACUUUUGACCGAUCUCUCGGCUGCGGCUUUCGUUCGAGCACAUUACCAGGAAACAAGACCGGACAUUGUUGAUGUUUACGAGAACCUUCCAAUACCGAUAUUGCGGGCAGACCUUCUUCGUUACCUGAUCGUCCUCGCUGAGGGCGGAUACUGGAGCGAUUUAGAUGUCCAAUCUGAGAAGCCAAUGUCCGAUUGGGUGCCUCUCGAAUAUAAGGAUGAGAAGAUCGAUAUGAUAGUCGGAUUAGAAUUUGACUUUGAAUGGAGAGGGCCGGGAACGGAGGUUGCAUCGCAAUUCUGCAACUGGGUUUUCUCAGCGCGGCCGUCAUCGCGCAAUCUACAAGUUAUUGUCGAUGCCGUUAUCGCCAAAAUUAAAGAGAUUGCCGAUUCCAACCACAUCCCUGUUUCGGAGAUCAAGCUGGAGAUGCUCUUUGAUGUCGUCAAUGUGACUGGUCCCAAGAUCAUGACGAUUGCUAUCUUGGAAAGUCUCGGACAGCUGCUGGGCAGGACUGUCGAUGAUCGCGACUUUUCGGGUAUCAAACACCCCAAAUUAGUUGGCGACGUUCUAAUCAUGCCGGGGGUUUCCUUCGCUGCACGUCAAAAUGGAUACCCGACUGAUCAAGGAGAUGCUCUUGUGACGCAUCAUUACGAAGGCUCGUGGAAGCAAGCUGAUGCAGAAGCUAAAGAAAGAAAGAAGCAAAAAGAGUUGGAAGAAUCAACAGCUACGGAGAAUUAA